AUGAAUCCGACUGCCAACAAUCCAAGUCCUCCAGCAGGCUUCACAUUUUUUCGCAAUGCGCGAGGCGUAUUCGAUUGCCCAGUUGAUGGCUGCGGAAAGUCCUAUAAACAACCAGAAUCGCUGAAAUAUCACAUCAGUAGAUCUCACGUCUUCCCGCAAGAUCCACAGCAUUCAAUUGUUCAGACAACCACUCAAUCCACCCCGCAAUAUGCGCCAGGAGGAAGUCCAUCGCCGACGUUGCAAACAAUACAGCUCAGCCCGAACAUCGCUACUGGAGGACCAAGCAAUAUGGCUAUGGGGAGACGCGGCUCGCAAAUUCAUAAAGUCUCUGCGACUACCAGCAGAACGCCAUCGCCCUUGUCCCAGAGCCAACCUCUGUCAAUCCCACACGAUGAUUCAAGCUCAGAACAGCAAAAUUGGAGCCAGUCUAUCACUUGGCCAGCUCCGACUGUAGCCUUCCUUAAGACACUCAUAAUCAAGCACGGCCUGCUUGGGAUGGCUCAAACCAUCGCAGAGCUAGCCAAACUCAAAGCCAUAUUCCGCGACUUCUACCAAAAAGUCGACUUCCCCACCUACAAACCUCCACACGAAGAUGAGAGGCUCUGGUUACUGUUCAAGUCGAAGGUCAAUGAUAUACAAGUUGAGAUGUUCAAGAACGGCGAGAUAUACAUGGCGAAAAGUGAUUUGAAAUUUUCGAAGCUAUCACAAAGUACUUUGCCAGCGAAUACUCCCAAGACAACGACUCCACCGACAACUCCAACAAUCCCAAGUGACCAACACUUAGAGAGCUUGAGGUUGUGGCAUUCGCUUGACGGCAAUGCUCAAGCAAGACUUUUUCGGGAUCAGCUCCGUACUUCCAAGAAUGCUCAAUCCCUCAUUUACGAAUGGGAAGAAUAUUGCGCAGAAGAUCGUCGUAAGGAGCGAACAUCCGAGAAUGUCCUUGAGCAGCCCAAUCACGAAGCGCGUAUACCGAGCAGCUUUGCUAAUCAUCCUAUCGAUUCGCAAGUCAUAACGCCUCUUGAAACUCCGCCUCCACCUCAACCUUCGAAGCCAAGUGAUCUGAAAUCUUUGAUCGAGAGCCGACUCCGAGAGUCCGAUCUGAAGAGACAACGGGCCAAAGAAGCCGAGAAGGCUCUUGAAGAAGCUACAGCAUCAAAGAAAGUCAGACUUGAACUGCAUGAUAGCAUCUCACUUCAUUCAUCGACAUCGAAAACUUAA